UUGCCGCUGAUCAUCGCUGUGGGCUCCGGUGCAUUACAAAAAUGGCCGCCGUGGCUGCCUGACUUUCUUACAUCACAAGAAAACUGUAGAAAAACUGGAACUUUUUAUGACCACAUCUUGUUAACAAUGGGUAGUGGAGAGUCAACCAGGAAAGUGACCCUGGAAAGGGAUUUCGGCGAAGGCAAUCCAGGGAUCGUGCGGGUUUCUGAGAGUGUUGUUCGUCGGUUGAAAGGACAAAGAGAUCUUCCCUUGGACCCAAAAGAGGAUGUAACUCCAGAGGAAUUAAACAAGCUAUGGAAUGAGCUACAGAGGGAGAAAGUCCACUUACACUCACAGAGAGAAAAAAUACAGUCAAUGUUAGAGAGAGUAUAUCAGAGGGAACAAGAUUAUGAGAACAUGCCUAUUGGGGGAGAUGUGAUAAAUAAUGAAGAACUGGAGAGACGACAGAGGGAAGUUGAGGAGAAGGAACAUGCUAUGAUCUCUAGAGAAAACGAGCUACUGGAAGAAAUAGAGAGCCUGAAAUGCAAGAAUUCAGAAAUUCAUACAAUCACCGAAGAUCAAUUUAACCUAGCUGUAGAGGAAGUAAAACAAAAAUUCAGCCAAGCCCAAAGACCUGCUGUUUGCCAAGACCUGAUGUCAAGUGUCUUCGCAUGUUAUAAACAGAAUCCGCAUCAAACUUUAAGAUGUUCGAAAAUGGUCCAGGAGUUUGUAGCAUGUGUUGAGAAAUCAAGACUAAAUUCUCUUCAAGACUCAAAAUUUUAACAAGUAAAGAGACGACUAAAGAUUAUACAGGAGACUCGGACCAACACAGCUGCUAAAUGGUGGUUUUAUUCACACAGAAAAUGGUGCAACUUGUGAUAUUUGAGCCACUCGCCUUGGGCUACUGUAAAUUAACUGGAUUUUUGUUAACAUUUCUGUAUUUGCCGACUUUCCCAUGUUUACUGUUUUGACUUGUGGACCAGGAAAUAUUUAGGACAUAAAAUAAAACAAAAUUAUAUUA